GACAAAGUUCCAAUGGCAGAUGGAACCUUGUCAAACUAUCAUUUUGUAGUUUCCCGCCAUUUCAGUUUCAGCUCGCAGUGGUUUGUAGGUUAGUUUUGCAUUACAGAUAGAUUGCAGUCUGUGUUUAUGUUGUUUCAACUCGUGUCGAUGUUUUUCUAUGCUUUAUGCUUGAUAAUAUCUCAUUAUUAACAAUUAUUUUAGUUCAAGCUAAUGCUACUAAUAUUUAUACACUGUGUUAGAUUUGUGAUAAAAUAAUCAUGAGUGAUUCUGAAAGUGAUAAGUCAGUGGAUAUUUUUGAUGAUUCUGAAGAUGAUUUUAUACCACCUACAUCGUCAGAUCCUGAUUCAGAAAGUUCUGAAUAUUCCGAUUUGAAUGAUGAAACCAAUUUGUCAAGGAGAGAAAGACUUGUAAGGAAAAUAGCUCCAGCAAAAAGGAAACUCAUCUAUGAAAGCGUGUCUUCUACUAUUACUGAUGAGGUCAAUAAAAACAUGGACAUGGACAUCAACCAAAAUGGAGAGGUUGACCGAAACACUGGAACUGAUAAUCGACAUGACAUCUGCACCGAAAAUCUGUGGAGACACCUCAUCUUGACAUUGCAUCGAAUAUUAUUACUGCACCAGUCACUCCUAAGAAGAAAUUUAGAAAGAUUGUGGCAAAACCAUCUUACUGGAAAAGUAAUGUAAGGAAAGAACAGUGUCAAGCUGGUAAGAUGUAUGAGAGUCGUAGG